ACUGGGACCCUCCACCAUGAAGAGGGGGGACUAUUUGUGACAAUUAUUGUUUUGAUCUGGAUGACCUCUAUCAUUAGAUUUUGACUACCUUCAAGGUAAUCAACCAGUCAUUUUUACUGUACCAGUGGUUCUUUUCCUAACAUGCCUUGGAAAAUAGCUUGGCAGUCUGAUGGAUAGUCUUUGUUAUUGCAUUUGAUGUCCCCCUCUUCAGAUGGACUAUUCCAUUUCGCAUCUGAAAAAUCAGAUAGUUGGAAAGAAUUCUUCAUGCCAGGGACUGCUGUAGCCCCAGCACUGAUAAUAGCAGAGAACACCUGACCUGAGAUAAGCAAAUGGAUCAUCAGGAGCUGAAAGAACCCAUGAAGGUCUCACUCAUUAAAGAUGAGAUGAACCGAUCCAACACGGGAACAAGUGACUCAGAGAAAGUCAUCAAGCAUCUGAACGAGGAGCUUCGUGAGGCCCAGGAGCUCUCCAACACAGGAAAACUGAAAUGCAUGGAACUGCAAGGUCUCCUGGAGGAGGAGAGGAGAGCCAACAAGCAGCAAGCUGACGAGUCUGCGAAACAGUUGAAAUUCCUACACGGCCAGCUGCGACAGCUACAGGACGAGCUGGGGGUCCUUAGAGAACAGAAAGACAGCGCCUCCCUGAGUUCACAAGAUGAACUGCACAAAUCCCGAGAAGAAGUGAAGACUCUGCGUCGCACCCUUGAUGCUGCCACCGCCGAUUGGAAGCGGGAGGUCUCUACGGUCCAGGGUAACCUAGCAACCGUCUCCAAGGAUAUGGAGAAGUGGCGAGAGACAGCCAGCAAGUACGAGCGUGAGAUUAACGGCCUGCAAGGUGACCUACAGCAGCAGAGUAAGCAGUGGCAGAAGGCUGCCGAGUCACAAGCAGGUGAAAUGGAGUCCAUGCAGAGGGAGUGCACCAGCCUCCAGAGGGAGGUGUCAUCCCUGCGCUUGGAGAAACAGGAAGUGCUGAAUACACACCAGAAGGAGAGUGCUGCCCUCAGGGCGGAGAAGGAGGAACUGCUCAGGGCCCACCAGAAGGAGAAGGGGAACCUACAGAAUGAGAGUUCUGUCAUGCGCUCAGAGAAAGAGGCCAUGCUGAAGAAGCAAAAGGAGCUAGAGAAGGAUUUGGCCAGCUCACGUGCCCAGAGUGCUGAGCUGGGCAGCAUUCUGAAGGCCCUGGAGCUCUCUCAGGGGGAGAUGGAGAAGAGGCUGGGGGCCCAGCAGGAGCAGCACCAGCAGGACAACACCAAACUUCAGAGCCAGCUGGACCAGUCAGACAGCCGCACCAAGGACCUGCAGAGAGAGUACGAAGAGACGCAGGCUGAGCUGUCAGACCUGAAGGAGAAGUUUGAGAGGACCGAACAGGAAAAGCAGUCGAUCACUGAUGAGCUUGAGGAGUGUAAAGCUGAACUGAAAAUGCUGCGGGAGAAAGGAAACAAAAGUGGUUGGAUCGUCUGGGUGCCUCAUGCCGUUGCCGUGGUAGCGACUAUGACUGCUGCUGUGCUCUACGCCAGGACCUGAGUGUGAGACACACAUACACACACAAGGAUAUAUUAGUGCAAACAUGCACACAUACGUACAUAUGGUCAGACUUCUGUACACUAAACCUAUUAAAUGCAUUGCCUCCUGAUCUGUUCAGUUGUUUACUCAUGUUCAGAUGUUUUAAAAUGGAGAGCCCUUUAGUUGAAUACUUAUAUAGUUUCACUGAUAUAUUUUAGAGAAAUUUGAGAAAUGAAUAUCAAAUAUACUGUACAAUUAAAGACAAGUUCAAUCUUCCUAAAUGUAGAAUUUCAGAAACUCAUAAAUGCAUUUUUGGUUUUCUCUUUAUGUUUUACAUUAGGACUCUAUCUUCUAAUAGGAUUUCAACAAUGAAUAUAGGCUAAAGAUACUGUACACUGUUAUCCUCACUGAUAAUGAUUAAUAUUACUGCAGAAAGACCUGUCUUCGAGGUCCAACUGCCCUAAACACUUUGUUUUAGAGUCCAGUAAAAUAUGUAAAUUCACCUUCAACUUUCAUUUGCUGCAUUGCAACGCCUAAGCUCUGUGUGAAUACAUGGUGAAUGAUCUUAGAUAAUUUGCAUACACUCACUCACAUAAUUCUGGUAAAAAGGGUUAAGGAAUAACCAGAGAUUAAUGAUCUUGAGGCCAAGAAGUUAGAAGUUCCCCCUCAAUUUGAUGUUAACUGUUGACUAUUCAGUAGGCCUACCUCCCUUUUGAAUCAAUGUUUGCAUGCAAUUUAAACCUCUAGUAUCAAUUCAUUUGUCAUCCAAUUAAAUUCACCACAAAAUAUACUGUAAUUCAAGCAUUGCUUUUUCAAAUGUAAAUAAUUGUGCGAAGUAUACUGUAUUUUGAAAAGAUAGGUGAUGGUAUAGUUUAAGUUUGAAGUAAAACUAUUUGCUCUAAAAUGUACUUUUGUGUGACCUUAAUUAAACCUUCUAAAUCUCA